CCCGUAAAGGUGUCGCAAACAUUGCACGCCUUAGUGAAAGCUGGACACACCCAACGCCAUUUCCCGUCCUGGCCAUGUGAUAGAGGGCCAUGAAGUGCCAAAACAACCCCGUGCCGGCUGUCCUAUUGGCACUCUUGGCACUGGUGAGGCCCUGUGACCCUAAGGCGGCGUGGAGGUCAGCUGUGAGAUCAGGGGAGGUCACGGGUGGGGAGGCGCCGCUGCUGGCCUCGGUAAUCGCUGCCUUGGAUAGACUGGUGACCUAUUACGAGCAGAACCACCACCUCCUCCACCUCGAUGGCAUCUUUGGGGCCAAGGCCAUUGAGGGUCAGCUCAACCUGGUGGUGGCCAAACACAACAAGGGUCUGCUCAGCGAUGCCGUCGACUACCUCAUGAAGAACGAACUGGCCCAGAUGGCGACCAGGGCAGGCCGAGUGGUGCGCAUGGCCCUCCCUCACCUGCAGAAGAACCAGCCAGUGUCCAUGCAUAGAUUAAGGCGUUUGUUUCAGCUCUCCUGGGACAUCGGACACUCCCAUCGUAGGGUUGACCUCACGCUGCUCUGGGAUAGUAGCACCAGGGCCCACGCAGCACGACACAGCCUCACUGAGUCAGAGACAGAUCGGUGCCUGGCGGAGGUGCUGGAGCCGACCAAUGGGGUGGUGUGUGGCAUGACGCAGUGGUGCCAGGAGGCCAUGACACAGCCCGGCCAGGCUCGCUAUGCCCUCACACACCAGAUUCUCUACUCCAUUGUGGCUGAGAUGAGCGGGUGUGGGAGUCGCCUGGAGCAGUGGUUGGUGAGGCACAAGAGAACAGGAAGCUUGGAACAGUUGCAGGCAGAGAUGUGUGCAAACCUUUAUGUGCAAGCUUGUUCUCUCCCUCCAAGCCUGCAAACCGAUCCCAACCCUGCAGCCGUGUGGGACCUGUUCCUCGAGAUGGAGUUCGUGUGUGGCAUGCUUGGGUACUCACAGUUCCUGCAGGAGUCCUGGCUGAGAGGGAUCCUAGCCUGGCAGGACCCCUCGGGAUGCUUCAAGGCCACACCCACCUCCGCACCUGUCCCCACGCCAGCAUACACCACUGCCUUCCCCUUCGUCAACACCAACACUUCUGGGCCACACCGACGGCUCCUGAGUGAGACUGUGCUGCCUGACGGCUGCCUGGCGCACCUGACCGGCGUAGCUGCGUCUUCAUUGGCUGUCCACCUGCACUCCCUCCUGUACACCGGCCAAUCAGAGGUGCCGUCCGUCUCUGCUCCCCGCACCCUUCCCCUUGAGCCAGCCUUGCACCUGCAGCCCCCACAGGAGAGCUUCCCAAUCGGCUCUGGGAUUAUUAUAAACAAACCGCUGUUCAGGGGAGAAAUUCACUCCGGUUUGAACAGAGUGGCCUCGCAGGAGAAAUCCCUGGAGGACAAGGCAGACCUCCUCCUGCAGCGCCUGGAGGAGGAGCAGAAGGAUGGGAAGGAGAAGGAGAAGCAGGAGAGAAACAGAAAACGGAAACAGGACAAGCCCAUGCAAGGUCUCCGGCACUCCAGACGCUUGGCACUCCCGGAAAUGGCAGUCCCGCUCACCCUGCCUGCCUCGGGGUCAGUGCCAGUGCCAGUGCCAUCCUCCCCCCUCACGGCCGCCCCCUCCCCCGCCCCCAUGUGGUUCCUCGCUGCCAGUGUAGUGUUGGUGGCGGUUGGGCUGGCUCGUUAUGUUCAUAGUCGCCGCCGCCGCUGUAAUCUUGUAGGCCUAAAGGGGAAAUUUAGGCUGUGACGGGUGGGGCUUUGAUUUGUUGUAUUUUCUUUUUUUAAUUUUUUCGUUUAUUUUUUUCUUGAUUUUUUUUUCUUUUUCUUAUUUUUUUUCUUUUAUUUCUAGGUGUUGUUGCUAUUUUUAUUAUUUGAUUUAUUUAUUUAUUGGAUUUUUAUUUUCUUUAUUUUUCUUGGUCUCUGGCUCUUUUUUUUGUGUGUUUGUGUUUAUAAAAGGUUAUUCUUUUUAUUUUUAUUUAUUUAUUUAUUUAUUUUUUGUAUGUGUGUGUAUUCUAUUCUAUUUCUCUUUUUUAUUUACAUUUUUCAUUUGCUUAUUAAUUUGUGUCUUCCUUUUUCUUCUUUUUUUU